UUAACAUUUUUCUCCUCGCUCUUUUAUUUACUAUUCGACAAUUACCGUUUGUCCUUCAAUCGGGAGUACCAUCAAACUAGCCAUAUCGCCCCGAUAUACAUUCCCUAACAUAGCGAAAACUCACCUAUUUCUAGGUUAAGUAAAAAUAUUGCCCUGCUAUCCUUUGCCUUUGACUCUUUUGUUUAUGUUGCCUAGUUACCAUCUUUUGUUUAUAAAUAAAACCCAAAGCAUAGGCGUCGAGAUCUUCAACCGCCGACCCCCAGUGGCUGAUUAAACCAACGAAUACAGAUGGAAUCCGCGCCCCAACCACCGAUCAAGAGUAAAAAACGAGCCAGAAUGGGCUGCUUCGGAAGCAAGGACAAGCUCUCCAAGGAGGACAUGGACUUUUUAAAGUCGCACACCCGAUACGACGAAAGUACCAUCAAGGAAUGGUACAAGGGCUUCAAGCAAGACUGUCCGAAUGGUAGACUGACCCCGGCCAAGUUCGUAGACAUGUACAAAAUGUUCUUUCCCAGUGGCAAUGCGGAGGAGUUUUGCGACCAUGUCUUCAGAACAUUCGACAUGGACAAGAACGGAUAUAUCGAUUUCAAAGAAUUCCUUCUUGCCAUUGAUGUCACGUCCAGUGGCACGCCGGAAGAGAAACUGAAAUGGGCCUUUCGAAUGUACGAUGUGGACGGAAACGGCGUCAUUGACAUUCAGGAAAUGACCAAAAUUGUCCAAGCAAUCUACGAUAUGCUGGGCGCUUGCUCGUCUAAUCGACCAGUCGAUUCGGCCGAAGAUAGAGCGAAAAACAUCUUCGCCAAGAUGGACGAGAACAACGACGGACAACUCACUCAGGAUGAAUUCCUCAAGGGUUGUUUGCAGGAUGAAGAACUGUCCAAAAUGUUGGCGCCUUAGGGGUGUCUACUGAAAGAUUUGUUUGUUGAGAUGGCAAAGUGGCUUUCGAAUGUUAUGGGGUAAUUCGUGGUAGAUUGCCAUCACUCUCUAAUCGGGCACUAUUUGAAAAACAUUCGAUUGCUUUAACUGAAACCAUCCCAAAACACGGUUCAAAGCCCAUUCGGCUAUUCUCAAUCUUCGGGCAAAACAUUGAGCGGCCUCCCUUAAAAAGGCUAUAAAGCAACUGGCACAAUCGUCUGUUGAGAAUUAAAAGACUUUAUCCUAUCUAUUGAUGUACGUGGUUUUUGGGGACGUUUGAGCGAUUCUUCAUUGAAUCAGCUGCGCUGUUCAAAAUGUUCGAAAACAAUUAACACAACCUCUCUUCGACUCAACACUGUAAUACUCUUAAAUUAGCUGGAAUAGCCAAGUUUUAAGCUUUAAAAUCAAAUGUACUUAAUUGUCUGUCACUAGCAGUAUGAAUAAUGCACAACAGUUUUCCGGGAUUAUCGAUUGCGGAUUGAAAAAAGCACAACAUAUCAAGAACCAAAAAAAGCCGCACAUACACACACUCAUGCAUAAAUUUUCCUGGUAUUUUAAUCCGCAAUCUGCAUUUAAAUAGCUCUAACUUAGGAUGUAUCAUAGACUUCUAGUGAAUAUUUACUCAGAAACUAGUCCACUCAGUAUUUCAGCUGAUGGGUCUCAGAACGCAUCGGCGAAAUACUGAAUCCCGCCUAGUCCCAAAAGGACCAUAUUCUGAUGACCGGCUAGGACCAGAGUAUAGUCUGCGACUCUAUCUACCACAUAGACAUCACAAACUUUUUUAUACACUAUCUAUUUUACGAACCCAGUACCUUUCUACCUAAUCUAUCUAUACGUUCUAAGGACCCAAUAUCCAUGUUUUUUUGUCAUUUUCAUGCCUUUGCGCUUGAUUUGUGUAUUAGUAUUGUGUUUAGUUUUAGAAUUCGGGCCGCUAAUCAUACAGGGCUCGCAUAGUGUUCCGAUUAUAAAUGGCAACAAUUGGCUUUGACCAGCUGGAAAGAAAUUUUACUUGCGUGGUUUCCGCUUCGCGUUUUGCGGUAUAAUAAAGCGCAACAAAAAAAACUGCAAGGGAGGCGUGAAGCGCAAACCACGCAAGUAAAGUUUCAAUCAAGUCGAGUGAAUACACACCCAAAGUUCAUAGCAAAAUUUGGAAAAUGCACACAAUGAGGACACAACGAGAAUAACCCCAGGCAUUGGACUAAUGUGCCCCCAUCUCUCUUCCCCUUGGCCGAUGUGGAUCUACAUUGUCUUUUUCUGUAGCACGGGACGUUGUAUCAAACGGGCGGUUUCCAAGGUGAUACUGAACCAUAAAUCGGCCUUUAUUGGAUAUUUUGCACGUAAAGCAAGCAAGUGCAAGGAAAUAAGGCUUUUGAAUCGAUGCUAAACAUGCUAAACUUGUCGCGACACGAAACGCCCUUCUACUGUUUAAAAUUCAGUUAAAUCCAGCUUACCAGCGCGUUAAUAGCUUCGGUGGCUCCCGAGGGCAAUUGUUCACACUGUUCAACAGAUUCAAACAGUUUUUUUGUGGAAUUUUGCAAAAUUUAACGCGACACCAUACAUAAAUGACAUUUGUCGAAAUAUUCUGCUGAUUUUGGCAUUUGUUGUCAUUGAUAAUUGGUGAGUCCGCAUGCCUGGUUGCCUAGAUUGCAACUAUUUACUGAGGCGAUCGGUAUGGCGGGAUAGAAACUAGUCCAUUAUUAAGUAAAUUGAGAAAAAAGCCGCAUUGCCUCUGUAAAUUCGGGCUUUUCAUGUUCCAUAGCUGUAAAUAUAACGUUCGUUCGAGGAAAAGCACUCAGCGAACGAGGUAACCGAGAUGUGAUAGCAACAUCAUCCACAUAUUCUGUUCUAUUCAUUACUCUCUUGGUCCAUAUUUUUCUACUUGCACGCGAUCUAUUACGAAAAAGCAUUUACAUUUGAUGGAUGUAAGCUUUUUUAAAAGCUCUCUAAAUGUUCUAGAUGUUGUAGUGUUUAAGGAUUUAUCAUAGCCCUAAUAUAAACCUACCUAGUAUUAUUCAAGCGCUUGGAGCUUUCCAAUUUCCGAAAACAGCAAAUCAUUGGCGCAACAUAUUGAUUGAACUGUUGCUACUUUGUAUAUACAGAAAUGAAACCCUUAUGUAUUCGAACUUACGCACCAAGAAUGUCAAUUUAUCCUAUCUGUAAGGUAGUCUCACACUUUAAAUGUAACUUUAUGUUAAAUUAAUUAAACGUUAAGUGUAUUGAUGGUGUUAAUCAGGGCCUGAUUCACAGUGUUUCUUUAGACUAACGUAAGCAAAAGGCAAAGGAUUCAUAAGUAUAUCUCUAUGUGGAUGUAAAAAUAUAAACCCUAACGCUAUUCCUGAUCUUCUCCCAUGGGCGUCUUUGAUGGUACUUACGUAUUCCCCUUAAAUUUUUAUCACUUAAUACAAUUUAAUAAUAUGAUAAUUAAAACAUGUCAGAUAUUUCGAAA